CCACUGCGGUUAAGGUUAUACAACAUAUUUAUAUAGCUUCUGUGCGUUCAAAGCGAUGCUUCGCUCCCCCGCUCGUUGCUAACCACGCCGCUAACAGACGUCAGUAGUUUGGCUGCGUGUCGCGUCGCUGCGAGGCUGGAGGGAGUGUCCGAGGAGAGUCACUGACCGCUCCGAUAAGACGGCCCUGCCCGCUCCACUUACUAUAUCACAAUACACCAGCAUGCCAGAGGAUUUGUCGGUAUUUGUGCAGCUUUAGAUCCACAAUACCACUUAAACACUGUUGUGUCUGUGCGGAGGAUUUGACAUCUUGACUGAAGGUUGUUCAUAGCCUUUGUUACAGAACCGGUGCUCUUAUCUCAGACCAUGUGGAAGGCUAUGGUAGGGAUGACCGCCCUCCCACACUUGGGAGGGUUCUAUGGCGGUUACAUCACACGCAAAGAGGUGAAGGACUGGUACCCGACACUGCAGAAACCGUCAUGGCGCCCACCGAAUGCUGCAUUCCCCAUAGUGUGGACCUGCCUGUACACAGGCAUGGGCUAUGGUUCCUACCUGGUGUGGAAAGAGCUUGGAGGUUUCACUGAGGACGCGCUGGUUCCUCUGGGACUUUAUGGGGCACAACUGGCUUUGAACUGGGCCUGGACUCCUAUUUUCUUUGGCGCACACAAGCUGAAAUGGGCUCUGUUUGAGAUUGUGCUCCUCACUGGGACCGUGGCAGCCACCAUGGUGUCCUGGUAUCCCAUCAGCCGCACUGCUACUCUGCUCAUGGCGCCAUAUCUGUCCUGGCUGGGCCUCGCCACUGCCCUCAACUACUGCAUAUGGAGAGACAACCCUGACACUAAAGAAGAGUAGAGGACUUUGUAAUGUCUUUGUAAUGUCUGCUAAGGCAUUAUUUAAUCACUUACUUACGCUCAGUUAUUACACAAAAAUUCCUGCACAUUUUUACAGUUUGAGUUUAUUUAGAGGUAGAGUUUUCCAGCUGGUUACUGUCCUCUGCAGCACCUGAGCAGGCAGCAUUUUACACCUGAGAAGGCAUCGUAAGUCUGAUGUUAAACCGUAAAUGCAGUUGCCUCUCAUUAACAUUUUCCAUCCUAAAUUAAAUGAAUCAUUGAUUUGAAUUGUUGUGAGUCCACACUGGAAGACGUUAAAAGCAAUUGACUACAUAAUUCAAUUGAAAUGAAACGUUUGUUUUUUGCCGUUUGUCAAGUAAAGUGUAAGCCUGAAUGUAUUUGCUUUUUCAUGAAGAAUUUUCUAUGCGAAAGUUGUAGUUGGUCUGAGUUGCACUUAUGAGUUUGAUUUGUUAUAUAAAACAAAUAAAAUGAUGUCACUUGAAUAUAA